CGCAAUACUGACAUUAAUAUUGUGCUGGGGUCUUCUUGUUUGUGGAAGCACCUUCGUCUUUUUCAUCGCGCCUGAACGGUGAUGUAAAUAUUUCUGCCUUAUUUAUACAAGUCCUGGCGUUAGUGAAAGGACAGGUGUGGGAUAUUUUAUUACAUUUCACGCUGGACGGUGACUGAUUAGCGUCCUUAGCCGGUAGGUGCAGGAAGACGGCGUGGCAAAGACUGGGGCCGUGCUCAAGGUAAGGGGAGUGUCUGCGUUCUCUUGCAAGUUAAUUCGGUGGAUAAUAUAUGCCGCUUUUUUUGCUGAAAAGGGACACUCAAAUUACACAUUGUUUCUGACACCAAAAAGAAAAAAAAAAUUAUUUCAGUUGACAUCGCUUGUGUACGGAACCGAUCCACAAGGCUGUACAAUAUUCAAUUAAAUUCAAGUUUUCGUGCAAGAUUUUCUGCAAGGUUAGCAAACGAGCGAUAUAACAGACAUAAUAUACGCUGGACCCGCAUCCUUGAACUGCAGAGGAAUUUACAAGGAUAUAUACACAAGCGUUAUUUAUUUCUUGUAACCCAACGCCGUUUGUCUUGGAUUUAUAAGUUUCAGCAUAAACGUACCCUACCGGUGAAGAAUACGCCAUCUUAGGCCAAUAAGGUUUAGGGCACUUAAAAGAACGUCGUCCAAGCCACAUCCCAAGGGUUUGAAAGAUGUUGAGAACAACGUGGGAAAGAACCCUAUAUAUUCUUAUCUUGGCUGUGUUGCACGUAGAUAUUCAAGCUCAAAAUGUGACUACCCAAACGCCCUCUACUGAGCAAAAUUUAACGUCACCUCCCGCUGUGCAAGAGAUUACCACAACACCGCCAUCAGCAACUGGAGCGGCGAAUGUUUCCUCGUCAACAACGCCCGCGGUUUCCCCAACAUAUUCUUCGACGGUGAAAAAUGUUUUGGAUCCCAAUUCAACAAGCGUGGAAGCGUCCACCAGCACAAUGCUGACAAACUCUUCUGUCACACCGGACACAAUCGCCUCGCAGACCACACUUUCACCCGUCACUCCUACCGCAAUCUCCUCUGAAGUUACCAAUACCACUGGCACACCCAAUAGCACAAUGUCGACUGCGGGAACAACCAGUGCAAAUGUCACAUCUAACGCAAUGACAACCACGGAGGAACCAACAACCAAUUACGAGGCUGAGAUAAUAAAGGCGAUAUUUCAGGAUUACCAACAAUUACAGCCACCGUCUGCAGAACAUUUUACUUCAAACAAGAGUACUAUCAGAAUAAUCGUGCAAAGAUUGAGACAUAUUAAUAUUGAUCACACCGCGCUUGGAAUGGAUAUUUUGAUUCAGACUAGUUGGUUAGAUGAGCGGCUCCAAUGGAACCGUCAGCAAUAUGGCGGUGUGAACACAAUACACGUUCAGCCAAACGACGUUUGGACCCCAGAAGUCCGCUACCUAGAAAGCUUUCAGCAUUACAAAGAAAUAGCAAAACAGACGGCAGACGACAGUAUUUCCAUUGACUCAACGGGAUUAAUAACUUGGAUCACUCCGGGGCGACCGGUGGACGUUCCAUGCCAGACGGACCUGUAUUUCUUUCCUUUUGAUUACCAGGACUGCAACAUAACGGUCUUAUCCUUCCCUGUCGCCAUCACAGCCCAACCCCGCCCCGUAGUUCAAACUUCUAGCUCGGCUGCAGACAUGAUUCCGAACAUCGAAUGGGAAGUGACGUCACUGUCAUCACAAAGUGCCUCAACGCCGUUUUUGAACCGCGUCUACGUCAAGUCAACUUUCACCUUCCGGUUUGCACGCCGGUCUGUGACGUAUUGGUACACAGUGAUUUUCCCGUUUAUCGUUUUCACCUUGUUGCCACUGUGUGUGUUUUUACUUCCCGUUAGUAGCCCUCAGAGGAUUACAUUCGCAUUGAUUCAGUUAGUUGGGUUCUUUGUGUUUACUGUGUACAGCAAAGACAUUGUUCCUAUGGGUGUCACAGGGAGUAACGAAGUACCAGUCAUAGCUCAAUUCUUUGUGUCCGUGAUUUGCCGCAUCGUUCUGUCUGUUGUCCUCUCAUGUUGGUCCUAUGGAGCAUAUCUAGAACAAGGAUCAGGGCACUCACUGACGUACUGCAAGCGCCAUCUAGUAGUGGGCUGCAUUGGAAGAGUACUUGGCUUCGGAAAAGAGGCGAAGAAAAUAUUUGAUACUAGUGCAGAUGAAGAGAAAAACGACAUAUCAAUGGAUGUUUUGGAUAUUCCAGUUACAGGCGAGUCCAACACGGAUAACGAUUCAUUGAUAAAAAACGAUGGCAAGUUGCACAGUCGCCUGACUCUGAAUGCUAUUCUGGCGCAAAUCAAAGGCGCCAGGAGGACUCUGUCAUACGAGAGCGAGAAAAAGCGAGAGAAGCUAAAGAUUCAUUUGGAAUGGCAACUCUAUGCUGUCAUUUUGGACCGGUUGUUUCUGAUUGUGACAUUUGCCUCUGUCGUAGUUGUCGCCAUUUUAUUUCCUCUACAAUACGACCUUCAAAUAAGAAUAAAGUAGAUACGCAUGGUACAAUCCAUUCAUUUCAAGGUUAGGUCGGUACUGGCGUCAUUAUCGACAAAAUAGGAGUCAAGAAACGGUAAAGAGAUCGAGUUAUUGAGUUACUUUCUUGUGAAUGGUUCUUAUUGAUGUAAAUACAUUUCACACAUUUUCUAGUACGCGCUAGCUUAUGGCAACAAUGUUAUAUUAGAAUUAACAACACGUACUAACUGUUGUUUGGAAAAUCGUUUUCACUAAAGCGUAAUAUUGAAAUUAGGGUGCAUUUAUGAUUAGAGCCAGUUUUGAGGUGAAAUGUUUGAGAAUGCAUUUCAAAUCUUCAAAGUUUAAAUAAUAGACCUUAUAAUGUUAUAAUUAAAAACUGUACACAGAAGGUUGCCAUUAAAUAAUCGGUUAUAGUACGUAUGUAUAACAUGUAUGAGAUGCUUUGGGGUGCAUUUACAAUGAAACUAUUAUACUUCAGGUAGAUCGAUCCAACUCCGCUGGGACUCUUGCUGAAUG